ACCUCAUUAUGCUCUGCUUUCUGAAGCAGUAGCCCUAAAGCUGGAGAAUUUAGAGCAGAACCAAGAGUGCUUAUAUACAUCUCUGUUUUAAAAGCAUCAGUUAAAUCUUCUGCUGGACAACAUCUUUCCACUGCCGGACAACAUCUGAGACUUUCUCAUAAAGCUGUAGGAGGUUUAUUCAUUCCUGCUCAUUCACUGAAGAGACUGGACCUGAGAAACUCUUCUCCAAAGUUCAUCUCAUAGAAGUCAAAGUUCACCUACUAUGAGUCUCCUAACAUGGGCGUGGCAGACAGGGCUGGCUUUAGUGGUUUUGCCUCAGAGUGUGUUCCCCAUGCCCUUCUUUAACUCAUCUGACCUGAGCGCUCUGCUGGAGAAGUAUAUGGAGGAUGAUGAUGACGAUGGAGUGACGAAACAGAGAGGAAGAAGAGCCAUCAGCUCUAGCGACAUGCAGGCCAUCCUGGACCUUCACAACAAGCUCAGAGCUCAGGUCUACCCACCAUCAUCUAAUAUGGAGUACAUGGUGUGGGACACGGAGCUGGAGCGUUCAGCAGAGGAGUGGGCUGAGACCUGCCUUUGGGAACAUGGUCCAGCUGGCCUCCUGCCUCAGAUCGGACAGAACCUGGGAGUUCACUGGGGGAGGUACCGGCCCCCCACCUCUCAUGUGCAGGCGUGGUAUGAUGAAGUGAAAGACUACUCCUUCCCGUACCCUCAGGAGUGUAACCCUCACUGCCCGUUCACCUGCACAGGCCCAGUCUGCACUCACUACACUCAGCUUGUUUGGGCAACCAGUAGCCGAAUUGGAUGCGCCAUCAAUGUGUGUUACGAUAUGAACGUGUGGGGACAAAUCUGGGCAAAGGCUGUUUACUUGGUUUGCAAUUACUCACCAAAAGGGAACUGGUGGGGACACGCACCCUACAAACACGGAUCGCCAUGCUCGGCCUGUCCACCCAGCUACGGUGGAGGCUGCAGGAACAACCUUUGUUACAAAGAUGACAGCACAGCUAGAGAACGUUCUCGCGUGGAGACUGAGGAAAACAACUUCAUAGAACCCGAAGCCCCCCGCAGCCGGAAAACACCCCAGCAGCCCGACCCGGAGCGGGACAGAAACGUGGUGGAGAGCUCAGAACAGAUGUCUCAGCUUGUAGCGUGUGAUACGAAGCUGAGGGACCAGUGUAAAGGCACAACGUGUAACAGGUACGAGUGUCCAGCUGGCUGUUUGGAGAGUACAGCAAGAGUGGUUGGAACAGUUUAUUAUGAAAUGCAAUCCAGCAUCUGCAGAGCGGGCAUCCAUUACGGAGUGAUCGACAACGAAGGAGGCUGGAUGGACGUCACGAGACAGGGCAGGAAAGAGUUUUUCAUCAAGUCAAACAAAAAUGGAGUCCAGUCUAUUGGAAAAUACCAGAGUGCCAACGCCUUCACAGUAUCCAGAGUGAUGGUGAAGGUUAUUACAUGUGAAACAACAGUAGCAAUGUUAUGUCCGUACCAGAAACCUGCCAGACACUGUCCCAGAAUCUACUGUCCUCAAAACUGCCUGCAAGGAAAUGCUCAGUCAUCCAGAGUAAUUGGGACUAGAACCUACUCAGAUAAAUCCAGUAUAUGCAGAUCAGCAGUGCAUGCUGGAGUGAUGAAGAAUGAACAGGGGGGCUAUGUGGACGUGAUGCCCACCAACAACAGAAAACUGUAUAUUGGCUCCUACCAGAAUGGGAUAUCCUCAGAAAGUCUGCAGAACCCCCCUGGAGGAAAAGCGUUCCGUGUGUUUGCUGUAAUCUGAGUGUGUGGUGAGGUCUCAGGCUGCUGGUGAUUAUUCUCUAAAUGGUCCUGUACAGUGUGUGUGUGUAUGUGUGUGUGUGUGUGUGUGUGUGUGUGUGUGCUGGUGCUGUAGGCCCACAGUCAGGGGCACAUUUACACAAAGGCUUAUUGAGCCAAGUACACCUAAAACACAUUGGUGGGCUGGGCACAGUUGUUUCAUAGAUGUUCUCCACCACUGUACUGUACUUGUACUGACUGAGGUAGCAGUUCCUUCAGAAUUACAUCUUUAAUUACUAUCUUUUAUGUAAAUAGUGGACAAUACAGGGAAUAUAUUACAAGGAAACACAGACAUAGAGAACAAUUGCACCAGUUUUCAAACAUUGUGGGGUUUUUUUAAGACUGUUUAUGAUUGAGAAAUGUACACAGACUCAGAAUUCUUUAAAACAAUCUAGCCCUUCCAACAACUAACCAUAGUGUUUUUAAGCAAAAUAAAUAAAAAAAUAAUAAAAAAAGAAAGAAUAACUGAUGUCUUCCGAAAGGAAGAAGUGUUUGAUAUAACACAUGCAUUGUUAUUCAUUGGAAGGGCUCAGUAUGCAGAUUUCCUGAGAACAAAUACAGGUAUUUUGUUUAUGAUUUGUGGAAAAAUAGUGGAAAAAAGAUACCAAAUACAUUUCCCCUACCACUAUAAUUUGACAUAGUCUAAGGUUUCAGAGCAUUUUAAGCCAAACCCACUCUGAAUUACACUGUUAAUUUCUUAACCGUGUAUUAAAUAAUUGGUGUAAUUCCCCUCUAAGGAACAAUUCACUUUGUGGAGCUUAUUACUUACUCACACACUAUAAAAUCCCAAUCUCAAAAACAGCAGCAAAAAAACAUAACAUUAUUUUAAAUAUACUGUACACUUAACUGUGGAAGCAUAAGGGUUAUCUAAGAAGGCCUAAAGAUUUCUAGGAACUAAAAGAGGCUGGGAGUUGAUUCCACAGUGAGUUAGUCGAAUGCAUGCUCUUCUGAAUAAAGAGUCAACUCCAGAGCGAUUAACUUUUUUCAAUUGAGAAAAACUCUUAUACAAGCACAUAGAGUGAGAAAUAUUGGCUGUGUUUGUCUAGACAGCAAACAUACAAAUAUGGCAGUGCAUCAUGUCGCAACGUUUCUGCACCCAAAGGAAAGUCAGAUACAUGUACUGUAUACUGCAAAGUUAAGUUUGCCCGACUAUUGUCAAAUAGCUGCUCCACUGUUCAGCUCUGGAAAAAGUUUAUUUUUCUGUUUACAGUUUAAAAACAUGCUCUAAAUGUUCUAAACCACACUGAGUUAAGAUAAAAAUAGAGACUCUGUCCAGUCCUAGUCCAGUGGUUGUUAGCAGCUUUAUCCUGGCAUGUACCAUUCUAAACCACAGAAAUACAUGUUGUGGGUAAUUCUUGUACAAAGUGAAUUGUUCCUCUAAAUGUUUUCAGUUAUGGUGUUAAACUUUAUUCAAUUGUAUUUUGUACAGACUGUAAAGAUGCCAUUUGUGUGUUCCUGAUAUAUAUGUUUGAAUGCAUUUAAGAGGAUUACAGUUUUAAUAUUCCCCGAUUUUGGCACAUAUUUAGAACCAUUUUGUAACAUUCUCUUGAUGACUUUCUCUAAUUGCAUUUCUUGCCGUUAAUCCAUUAUUUUUUCAUAUAUGUUAGGAUUAUAAAAGGAGAGCUGCUAAAGUUUUUUUUUUUUUUUUUAAAGUCUGAGGGUUUGUGAUUUUAGAUUUUGUAUAAAUAACUUGAUUAUAUUCCUGCAGGACAGGACACAAUAUUUCAGUAUUCAGCAUUAUUGACUUUUGGAUUUUAACAACAUUAAAGCGUAUGUAAAUAACAGAAUAUUUAUAAUAUCUUUUAGUACAUUUCUGUAGUGGAGAAAUGUUCAUUUAUAUUGAACGU